GGGAGUGCGUAUGCCAUGAGAGUAUAAAUGUUAAAAAUAAUUAGAAACUGAUAUAGUCAUUGUGUAUAAUUGCUAAAAGUUGAUUAUUCAACUUUUGAACUUCAAGUUUCCAUCUUAUGGAAAAUUCAAUUCAAUGAAAUGGUUUCGUUUCAGCAGGAGGUCUCGUGUCUUCGGAAAUUCAUUAUAACUGUAAUCAAUUAAAUCAAUUAAUAAAUAAUUUAAUUGACAAUAAAUGGGCUGUUAAUCGGUUAAUUUUAUAUUUCUUCAAAAGAAUGGUAAAGGAGUCACGCAUUAUAAAUGGUACAAGCCUAAAUAACAUUAUCGUUAUACUUAUAGCGGUAAUAUUGUUUUUGGUAGUUCUAUACUAUAAAAUAGCAAACCGGAGAAAGACGUCAUUGGCAAAUCGAAUACCCGGUCCAGAUGGAUUCUUUUUAGUAGGAAUGUUACCCGUUUUACUUGGAGGACCUGAAAAAUUAUUGAUAAAUAUUUUAAACAAUGCCAGAAAUUAUGAUCACACUUUAUUCAAAGCAUGGGUUUUUAAUCAAUUGUACAUAUUUUCUAAAACACCUGAAGUCUUAGAAGCAGUUCUUACCAAUCCUAACCUGUUCAGCAAAUCUAAAGAAUAUAAGGUGUUAAACGAAUCACUUCCGGGCAAUGGAAUUUUAACUAACAAUAUGUUCCAUGAAUGGAAAAAGAACAGAAAAAUGGUAGCUGCGGGGUUUAAAUUUUCAAUGCUUAAAUCGUUCGUACCAAUAUUUUACGAGGAAGCAAAAUUCUUGGGCAAAAUAUUGUACGAAAAAAGAGAAAUCAAUUCAAAUGAAUGUGAAAUAAGCUCUGCAAUCGGUAUGGCGACUUUGGAGAUGAUCGGAAGAACCGCUUUCGGUGUAAAAUUAAAUGCACAAAAAAACGGAAAUCAUGAGUUUUUUGAGAAUUUACAAGUCGUCCUAAAGGCUUGGGAACACCGAAUCACAUACCCUUGGUUUAUGAACAAGAGUCUAUUUCAGUUGUCGGCGUUUAAACGUAAACAAGACAUAAGUCAAAGAAAAAUUUACAAAUACAUCGAUGAUUUAGUUCAGAGAAUAAAUACUGAAUUGAAAAAUAAUAAAAACAGUCAAGGAGAACAUAACGAAGAGUGUAUGGGCUUUAAAUCUAAAUCUUUUAUUGAAAUACUGCUCGAGAAUGAACAUCAGAUGACAUUUAACCAAAUACGAGAUGAAAUAAUAACUAUUAUAGGUGCGGGUCAUGACACGACAGCUACAACGAAUGCAUGUACAAUAUUUAUGUUGGCUACUCAUCAAGAUGUACAAAAUAAAGUGUGGGAAGAAUUAUUGGCAAUAUUUUCUUCUGGCGACCCAGAUCGACAACCUACCUAUGAGGAUUUACAAAAGAUGGAUUACUUGGAACGUGUAAUCAAAGAAACUCUGAGACUCUAUACCGUUACUCCCUUGUUUGGCAGAAAAGUCGAAAAGGAAACAAUGAUUGGAGGCUAUUUAAUCCCGGAAGGGUCAACGUUCAUAAUUUACACUCAGCUUUUACACUUAAAUGCAAAUUUUUACCCGGAACCAGAAAAGUUUAAUCCAGACAACUUCUUGCCCGAAGCAUGUCGCAGUCGCCAUCCGUAUUCGUUCAUUGCCUUUAGUGGCGGUUACAGGAAUUGCGUUGGUAGCAAAUAUGCAAUGCUUCAAAUGAAAACUGUCAUCUCAACACUAGUCCGGUCUUAUCGUUUUUACCCGUCGGAUAAGUGUCCCAAUCCUGAAAAUCUUCGUUUAAAGUAUACGAUGACACAGAAGUUUGUCGACGGGUGUUACGUUAAAAUAGAAGCGAGAACAUAAUCAAUUAAUGUAGCAUGGUUUUGAACCAAUAUGAUUACUUCUUAUUCAAAUAAGGGUUUCAUCUGGAUAAUUGUGUUAUCAUAUUUUUUGGAUUUUAGAUACAUCGGUGUUGGUUAACAAAAAUAAUAUCUAUAUUUAAUAACUAAUGACAAAUUGUUGGUGUUAUCGCGUCUCAAUAUAUUUUCUACAAACUGUUUAAGCUGUCUAUAUAAAUGUUUCCUUCGUUUUUAGUCAUAAUUUAUCCGUUCAAUUAAUAAAUUCUUUAUAUAAACAUCUUUAUUUAGUAUAAGUAGAGUAGUAUAAGUGAAUAGAAAGUAAUACUCUCUGAAAUAUUCAAAAUAUCAUGGUACUUUUGUAUGACUAAUAAUAAUUAUUAUUAUAAAUUGUAAGGCAUGUGAUGUUACGUGUAGAUGACUUUAUCUAUAUUUGUAUAAGUACAUUAGUAGAUGGAAAAACCGUGGUUCUUUUGUUGAAAUGAUAAUUCUGCUAUGCAUAACCCUAACGUUAAAAUUUGUUGUGAUUG